AUGCUGUUACAAAUAAUAAUAAUAGUUUUGUUAACUUUCCUAUCGUUAAUAACUAACUUUCCUCAACUCAUACACUGUGCCAUUGAUGAACCAGUUUUAGUAAAACUAUCAAAUAAUAAGUAUAAUAAUAAUAAUAACAUAAUCGUUGGUAAAAAACAGCAAUUUCUCGGUAAAGAUGUCAACGUAUUCUUGGGUAUACCAUAUGCCAGAGCACCGGUAGGUGAGUUAAGAUUCAAGAAACCGGUGCCCAUUGUCGACGACGACAACAACCUGAACACCAGUAGUCAUACGACUAUACGAAAUGCCAGUCAAAUGCCCAGUCCUUGUGUUAACUACAUUCAAGGCUCGUUAGAUGAGAUGCCGUGGAGUAGUCGACAGCCGGGAUCCGAGGAUUGCCUCUAUCUUAACAUUUGGUCGCCAGAUAUAACCGCCGCCCAAACUGGCCUACACUCACCACCGCAGCGGUCGGUAAUGGUAUGGAUAUAUGGCGGCGCUUUCCAGACCGGAUCCAUUGAUAUCGAUGCGUACGACGGCCAAGCAUUGGCCACUGUUGGCGAUGUAGUUGUGGUUACUUUUAAUUACCGAACCGGUGUUUUCGGUUUGUUCUACGACGGCAGUGGCACCGAUGAAGCACCGGGUAAUUUGCCAGUCCAUGACCAGCGAUUGGCACUUAGUUGGAUACAGAAAAAUAUUGACCGUUUUGGCGGCGAUCCCCAAUCGGUAACACUGUUCGGCGAAAGUGCUGGCAGUAUAUCUAUAGGCCUGCACUUGUUGUCCGUCGAUUCGGGCCAGUUAUUCAAGCGGGCAAUCCUGCAAAGCGGUAGUCCGUAUCAUAAUAUCGGCGGCGUUUCGCCAGAACUGGCCGUCCGACAGUCACGGCGUAUCGCUGCGGACGCCAAUUGUCUGCGCAAAGAUGAUGAUCACACCAUUGACUUGAAUUGUAUGCGACAGCUGACAGUCGAUCAGCUUAUGGAUGUCUACACUGAUAUCUACACUAAAGGUAUUGCACUGCAACUGGUUUAUGGCGACGACGACAACAACAAGCUAUUGCCCAGACAUCCCAUUGAACUGUUGGACAACUAUCAGAUGGUCAGUGAUCAUCGGCAGCACUGGGAGGUAUUGUUGGGUACCAAUCGUAAUGAGGGCGCAUCCAUACUGUUUAUGGGUGUACCGGAACUGUUUGCCAGACACUCGCCAAUCAAUAUGACCAAAGCGGAGGCCAUCGAGUUUAUUAGGGCAUCAGCAGUGAACUGGUGGUUGGAUGUCCUAACCGAUCGACAGUUACAUGAGAUAAUCGACUAUUAUAUGUCGACAAUUGACAACGAAGACGACUAUCCAAUGGUACGGCAAUCGUUGGCCAAUAUUGUUGGCGAUUCAAUGUUCAACUGUCCGUCGCUAUUCAUGGCCGACCAGCUGUCCAAAGCUGGCGGCGUCAGUGUCUGGUACUAUCAUUUCAGUCAUAUCAAACAGUUUGACAAUCAUUGGGGUCAAUGGAUGGGUUCACCGCAUUUCGAUGAAGUUCAGUAUGUAUUUGGUUUACCGCUCAGGUAUCCCGACCGGUAUACUCCCGUUGAACUACAGUUGUCGAUAAAUAUGAUGAAAAGUUGGUCAAGUUUUGCAUCUAAUGGGUAA